AUGGCCAGGAUGAUUCGACUUCUAAGAAGACCUCUUGGGCGGACAAGGUGGCUGAGGGAGACUUUCAAACUUCUGUUCAAAGACAAUGGAAAGGUUUCACAGCAGGUAAUCUGUCAUUUUCGGACCAGAAGCUUGAGUUCACAGAACCGAUUUAUAGGGAGGGACAAAAAAUUUGCUAGAGUUGACGCUGAGGAGGUUAAAAUGCAAUCUGCAAAUUGGAGCUCGGCAGUGAUCUGCAUGGUGCUAGGUGCAAACCCACCUAUGGCUGUUUUUGAAGGGUUCAUUAAGAGGGUUUGGGGUCAUCUUGGGAUAGCUCAGAUAGCAAGAAUGACAAUGGGUUUAACCAUGGUUAAGUUCAUUGAUGAAGCAACAAGGGAUCAUGUUCUAGAAAAUGGCAUUAUUCACUUUGAUAGGCAAUCUGUAAUAGUUCGUCCUUGGACGGCAGAUUUGAGUGAUGUUCAUCUUGUGCGAUCUGUUCCUCUUUGGAUCCGUCUUCAUGAUUUGGGGCUCCAAUAUUGGGGUAGUAAAUGUCUCAGUGCUCAAAUGAGUACAAUUGGUAACCCAAUAAUGGUGGACAAAUUCACAAGGGAGCGUUCUCGUAUUCAGUUUGCUCGAGUUCUAGUAGAAAUGGAAGUUACAGAUAACCCCCCGAAAAGUAUACAGUAUAUUAAUGAACUUGGCCAAAUGAUGGAGCAGGGAGUUGAGUAUGAAUGGUUACCGAUUAAGUGUAAGACAUGUGCUGGUUAUGGUCACUCAAUGACAGAUUGUAGAAAGGAUAAGAAUGCUCAGUGGGGGACUGGCGAACUAAAGGAAGAAGAGUCGAAGCAGGUUGUAUCUCAGGCAAAUCCAAAAGAUGACAAGGUUCAGGCUGACCCAGUUGAGAUUCUAUCACCUAAUAAAGAUGGUCUAGCUGGGAGUGAAGUUAGAGUUCAGAAAAAUCAACACUGGCUUACCCCAAAACGAGUGGUUGUUCAAGCAAAGGAGGGUCAGAGGUCAGCUAGUAAGGCUAAUAAUGUAGAUCAAAAGAACAAGAAAGCUAACAAGUUUGUGGUGCUUCAAGAGUCAUUGGGGAGUGGUAAAGAAGAGGAAUCGUCUCAAGUGGUUCACCGUUUGGUGAAGAUGACAAGUGUGCAGCAGAGUUUUGGUGUUACCUUUGUUUAUGGUUUUAAUUCAAUUGAUGGUAGGCGAAGUCUUUGGGAAGGGUUGCAAAGGCCUACUCAUAUGGAUAAAGCUUGGCUAAUUUUAGGGGACUUUAAUGCCCAUUUUUCAGGCAAGGACAGAUUGGGAGGAAAGCCUAUUUCAGACCUUAAAUUAGAUGAUUCUAUUCGGUGGCUUGGAGGUGCUCAUUUUGAGCCUUUAAAAAGUUCUACGGUCUUGUUUAGAUGGGAAAUCAUCUCAGAUCACUGCUCCUGUCUUGUUAGAAUUCAGUCUUUAGAGAAUAUGGGAUCUAAGAUAUUUCGGUUUUAUAACUAUUGGUCUGAGCACCCUGAGUUUCAUGAUCAGGUGUUAACUAGCUGGAGAUCUCCGAUUAAAGCUACUGGUAUCAAAGCUGAAGAUGAGAGGUUUGCAGCUGAAGCCUUUUCGGUUCAGGAAAGACUGUAUCACAGUUUAUUAGUCCAGAGGAGUAAAAUAACUUGGCUGAGACAGGGAGAUUUGAACACCUCCUUCUUUUAUGCUUUUUUAAAGAAGUGUAAAGCAGAGAAUGGUAUUGUCUCAUUCAUAAAUGAAGAAGGUAACUUAGUUUAUAAAUACUCAGAAGUUGUCUCUCAUUAUGUGGGUCAUUUCAGAGCUUUUCUGGGAAGUACUAGUUCGGCUACUGGUAAACUUAAAAUUCAGAAUAUAGAGAUGGGUCCGAAGCUUUCAGUUGAACAGCAAGUGUUGCUUUUGAAACCAUUUUCUAAGAAGGAAAUUUGGGAGGCUUUGUUUAGCAUACCAAUAACCAAAGCUCCAGGCCCUGAUGGAUUUGGUUCUGGUUUCUUCAAAAUAGUUUGGCAUGAUAUAGAGGAUGAGGUUUGUGCUGCUAUAUCUCAGUGUUUUGAAACUGGUCUGUUCCUGCCUGAGCUUCAUGAAACUACAUUAUCUUUGAUUCCUAAGGUAGCUAAUCCCUCUAGGGCUAUUGACUAUAGGCCCAUUGCUUGCUGCUCUACUUUGCACAAGUGCAUGGCUAAGUUGUUAUGUAAGAGGAUGGCUGUAGUUCUCCCUGAUCUUGUACAGAUAGAUAUUAGUAAGGCCUAUGAUACGGUAGAUUGGGACUUUCUUGAGGACCUGCUAAAUGCACUUAGAUUUCCAAUGAAAUUCAUAGGUUGGGUAAUGUCUUGUGUUAGGAGCACGUCCUAUUCCCUUUUGAUGAAUGGUAGAAUUCAAGGCAAGUUUAAAGUGGAGAAAGGGUUGAGACAAGAUGAUCUGCUUAUUUUCUAUAAAGGUUCUCUCCCAGCUGUUAGAAGUGUUAAGGUAGUUCUAGAAGACUUUGCUACUGCUUCAGGUCUUAGCAUCAAUUCUGGAAAAUCUCAAAUAUUUUUUGGUGGUGUCCCAAGCUUUGAAGGAACUAGGAUUGUUCUUGAAAUAAAUCUUUCAGAAGGUACCUUUCCGCUUAAGUAUCUUGGGGUUCCCAUGAGACCUACUAAAUGGAAACAUGCAGAUUGUGAGGUGAUAGUUCAGAAAUAUCGUUUAAAGAUUCAGAAUUGGGCGAGUAGACAUCUCUCCUUCGUAGGCAGGAUUCAACUUAUCAACUCAGUUUUACUUGGGCUUCGAAACUAUUGGAUGACAAUCUUUGUUUUGCCUCAAAGCAUAGUCAAGGAAAUUGAAAAGAUUUGUAGGGUUUUUCUGUGGGGAACUUCUGGGCAGAGAAGCAAGAUGCACAUCCCUUCUUGGAAUAAGGUCUGUCUCCUUAAAGCCUAUGGUGGACUGGGAUUUGGAGAUCGUGCUAACUGGAACCGAGCUGUUUUAGCAAAGUAUGUUUGGGCCUUGUCUGAUAAACCAGAUUUGCUUUGGGUUAAAUGGAUCAAUUCCAUUUACUUGAAAGGAGUCAAUAUCUGGAACUAUGAAUUGAAAGGAGACUGUAGCUGGUAUUGGAGGAAGCUUUGUCGUCUCAAGGACCAUUUUAGACCUACUGCCAUAUUAUCUGCUGGUGUUCAAGGGAAGUUUCAGACUUCUAGAUUGUAUAAUAGUCUUCUCUCUACUCGGUUGGUUAAUAACAUCUUUAAUUGGUUGGGGUUUGCUGCUUGGCCUCUGGAUUUUAUGAGCUGGAUGGUGUGGCUGACUCAAGCUCGAAGUGGUGUUACAUCUGAUAUUGUUAAUAUGAGUUUUGCUGCUGUCAUUUACAGUAUUUGGAGAAAUAGGAAUAGAUGCAUUUAUGAUGGUUAUUCCUCAUCUGUUUUGAGUUUAGUUCAGGAAGUAAAGUUUACAACUAAAUGUAGGCUAUACAAAGUGUCUAGAAGUCAGAAUUCAGUUCCAGACCAAAUGUAUGUUAUUCAUCUUCAAUGUAAUUAG